UCUGGAAUUCCUUUUUUCCCUCGGCGGGGAGGGGGAAGGAGUUGGGAAGAGAGCAGAGGCAGGAGAAAAGGGGCUGUGGAGAGGACCCAUCUCCUGCAGUCGCAGGCAGGGGGAGGAGAGCUGGGGCUGGCGCGGGAGGUGGGGCUGAGCGCUUCCCCAGCUCCUGUCCCGCUCCCUCAGCAUCCCGGGACACGGGAGAGGGAAUUAACGGGCCGCGGGGCUCCCGAGGAGAUGGGGAGGAAGCUGGAUCUCUCCAAGCUCACGGAUGAGGAGGCCAAGCACGUCUGGGAGGUGGUUCAGCGCGACUUGGACCUGCGGAAGAAAGAGGAGGAACGGCUGGAGGAGCUGAAGUGCAGGAUCCACCAGGAAAGCAGCAAGAGGGAGUUCCUGAGCAACCAAUCUCACCUGAACCAGACCCACUGUGUCCACUGUCUCCAGCCCUUCCAGUUCCUGCUGAACAGCAAGAGGCAGUGCCUGGACUGCAGCUUCUACACCUGCAAGAGCUGCAGCCGCUUCAGCAAGAAGGACCAAGGCUGGGUCUGCGACCCCUGCCGCCUCUCCAGGAUUGUGAAGGUGGGGUCCCUGGAGUGGUACUAUGAGCACGUGAGGUCCCGUUUCAAGAGGUUUGGAAGUGCCAAGGUGCUGCAGUCUCUCCAUGGCAGGAUGCAUCCGGGCCAGGGGGUGAAGAACUCCACCUUUCUUGGUCUUCAGGACAGAGUUUACAGCCUCCCAGACAUCAGCAGUGAAUGUCACCUCACCAGUGGUGGCCCUGGAGAGGACAGUGAUGAUGAAGAUGAUGUCCUUGGUGGAGCUGAAGCUGAGUGCUACAGCAGGACGCGCAAGACCCGGCGCCUUCUCUCCAUCCACCCCUUGGAUUUGGAGCUGGACUCCGAGUUCUCCGCACAAUCCCGACGUCAUUCUGGGCAGUUCUCUCCAGUGACCACCAGCCCUCGUGGUUUUCAGGCAGGAUUCCUGGAUUGCCCCACCCCAGCUGAAGAUGCUUCCCAGGAAUCCAGGAUGGAGGAGGCCGACCUGGUGUUCCACCACCGCGUCCUGCAGGAGCAGGGAGCAGGAGGGAGGUCUCCUGAGCAGCACUUCAGCACCCAGCUCCUGCUCACCCUCAGUGCCAGGAGGAGGAGCCUGGAGAGAAAUCCAAAACCUGGCAGCCCCUGGAGCGAGCAGCCCAGGUACUCUGCAGACAUGGACACCUCUGAUGAGGACACCAAGGGAGCCCAGUUCCUGUCCCAACAUCCCACGAGACGCCGGAGCAGAACCUCCUCCCAGGAGACCAUCAGCCACGCUAGGAAUGAGAUCCAUGAGCUCCACCAGCGCAUCUCUGCCAUCGAGCGCCUGCUGAGCCGCCUGGAGGGAAACGUCCUGGGGCACCCUGAGUCUCCAGCUCCAGAGUCCCCACUUGAUCCUGAUGCUGAGGAGGAGGAGUUGAAGAGGAAGCUGGAGGAGUUAGCCAGCAACAUCAGUGACAAAGAGAUCUCCUCUGGAGAAGAGGAGCAGGAAGAGAAGAAAGCCAAGAAGCCAGAGAUGAGUUCCUCCAGUGAGGACAUGGACAGAGAUGCCCAGAAGGUGGACCUGACUGCUGGGAAGUUCUCCCAGCUCCAGGAGACCCUGAAGGAGCUGGAGGGAGGACCUGGCCACCCCCUCACCACUGACUCGGAGCUGUUGGAGCUGGAGGACAAAGUGGCCUCGACGGCUGCUCGGGUGCAGCAGGCAGAGAGUGAGAUCUCAGAUAUCGAAGCCCGCAUCGCGGCGCUGUCGGCUGCGGGGCUGACGGUGAAGGCCAAGAAGAAGACAAGUGGACAGGCCACCUCCCUCCUCUCGUCCAGUCCCACCAGCAGCAGCCCUGGAGAGUCUGCAGAUGAUGUGAAAGGGCUGCAGGGGUUCAGGAGGAGGUUCCACAGUCCCCUCAACCUCUCUGGUCUUGAGGACUCCUUUGACCGCAACUCGGUGUCCCGGGGCUCCCUGACCCAGAGGAACCCCAAUGGGAAGAACCGGAGGGUGGAGCGGCUCUUCGCGAAGCCCGUGAUGACCCACCUGUCCUGAGGAGAUGGGGACCUUCCUGCCACCUCAUUUGACUGACAAGACCUCACCACCUUCCCCCCAACUCUUGCUCUUCCUUCUCUCCUGCCCUCCCUGAAACCCUGGGCAGGAGGGAAGUUGGAGGCCGUGGGAUCCUGCCUGGGAGAGGAACCAGGAGGUCCUGGGAUAUGGACACGUGGCUCUCGUGGGAGGGAGCAGGAUGAGACCUCAGCUUUGGGCAACCAAGGGGGACCAGGGGGUGCAGAGCAGGACCCACCUCCUCUGGGAGGGUGGGUGGUGGAUGAGUGGAGCUGGCAGGUGCUUUUUGGAAGAGCAUGAUCUCCUGUCCCCAGUGAUGGGAUUGUUAGGAGCUGGUGGGACCAUCCCAUCCUUUCGUGGAGCUGUGGUGGCCCUGGGCUCCCACCAUGGGACCCAACCUUGCUGACACUUCCCCCAGAUCCCCCAGACAUGGCUUUUUGGGUGGGUUUUUCCCCUCCAACAUUGAAUUUCAACCCUGGUGGAUCAAUGCCUGGCCCUGUCUGCACUCCCAGGACAUCAGGAUGAGAAGUCACCGUGGAGCAGGUUCCUGAUCCCAAAUGUCCCCGUGUUCCUGUCCUCUCCAGCCUCUUAGGGGCUGUUCUGAACUAAAACCCCCUGGAAUUCUGAGGAGUAGUGGGAAUUCCCCUGCCAUUAACACCUCCCUUUGGCUUUGCUAGUGGUAGAAGCUUCUAGAAGUCAGUCUUCCAAGCUUGGAAAUCCAUCACCUGGGCCUUCCCAGCUGGAAAUAAUUCCCAGUUUCUUACAUUCCAGUGGAAUCCUGGCCUGAAGUUGGUUGACCAGGGUCAGAGACCCCGGGGGGCUCCUCGGGUUGUAGCCACCUCCCUUCUUCUCACUUCCCCACUUCCCACCUGCCUGGAGAUGAUUUCUGUACCCCCCAAAACCCUGCAAUAAAACCAGUUCUCCCAGUAA